AUGCUUGUCAUCCAGAUAAUUCGUAGGAAUUUAGACAAACCAAGUAAUGAACUUGUAAUCCAGAGUAAUUCAGUUUACCAUAUACACGCAUUUGUAUUUCCACACAUAAAGGUAAAGCUUGUAAGACCUGUUUUGAGUUGGCUCGUCCUGAAGCGUCCUCAAGCUAACUUUGCCAGGAAUAGAAACACAGUCUUUGUCCACUCGUUCUCGAAGGCGGACGGAUUCAGAAUACUUAUCGCAAGAACCAUAGAAAACGCUUCUGAGAGUUGUAGAAUGCUUCUAUUUUCCUUUUUACUCCUGCUGCCCCUGGUAGCCAGGGCAGAAGAAUCAUCCCUUAAACCCUAUACGCUCGAGAUUGAAAAUGGGACCCUGACGAGGAUAAUACCUCGUGAAGCAUCAAUCGAGAAAUUAGACCUUUCCAAUCUACAAAUCAAAUUCAUCAAAAUAGAAGCCUUUGAUGAUCUGAAAAGUCUGAAAUCCUUGGUCCUAAGGAACAAUUUACUCACAUCACUUCCUGAAUUCGUUUUUUCGAAUCUCACAUCCCUCGAGUACCUCUGCCUAGCUGAAAACAAAAUCCACACUUUGGAAAACAUCUUCAUCGGUUUGGAUAAUUUGAAAACCCUGAACAUAUCCUCUAACCCCUUGAGGCAUUUGAGACGAGGUCAAUUUUUCGGACUGCCAAGCAACAUCAAUAUUUAUACAAGGGGCAACAUUUUCUGGAGUUUGAGCACCAUGGUAUUCGAAAAUCCAUUUUUGAAGGAAAAAGAAAAUUUGGCUGACCUGGAGAGAGCGAGAUUCGGUGAUAAUCCUGAUGAGGUUCAAGUAGCAGAAACGAGGAAAUUAGAUUCUCUGGAUCGGGAGAUUUUCGCUGGUUUGAAGACACAUGUUUUCUUUAGAGAAACUGAUCCACAACUGGAUAAAGACAUCCGUAUUAAACUUUGUUUGGAGGAUGGCAUUGUACUCAGUCUUCAAAUGAUCGAAAAGGAUGAUAAGAUAGAAGAAAAAUGCUCUGAAGUCAAAAUAGACUAUGAGGAAAGACAGGUGAACCUUCGUGGAUUGGGAAUCAAGGACUUCGAGGAGGAUUGGUACCAACUUCAGAAGCUGCCAAUAAUCGGGAUCGAUCUUUCCAACAACGAAAUUCAAGAAAUCUCCAAGGAAUUUUUAAACGAUCUGCCAGGUGAUUUGGCUUCCGUGAGCCUGGUUGAAAACUUGGUCAGAAAAAUUCCGAGACAGGUGAUCGACAACAGUCAUCUGAAGGUACUCAAUCUAAUGGACAACUUGAUAGAAGAAAUUGAAGAAAAAGCUUUCGAGAACACUAGGCUGACAGGCCUUUUCUUAGGUGGAAAUCGACUGGAGAACAUCAACUUCGUCAAGGAUCUGCCUUCAACCCUGACAGACCUGAUUCUGAAUCGCAAUCUCAUUCAGUCCAUUCCAGACGGUAUUUUCACGAGACUCACAAACCUGGUGUACCUAAAUCUGGCAAAAAACAGCAUCCCGAGUUUGCAGAGCGACACUUUCCGAGGAUUGAAAUCCCUUCAGGUUCUUAUUUUAACUAGAAAUUCACUAUCCAACAUUGCUUUGGGUUCCUUUAAGUAUUUGAAAAAUCUUAAGACUCUUUUUCUUUACCAUAAUUCUAUUUCGACUCUUCCAAACGGAGUUUUUGAAAAUUUAGACAAACUGAGGAGUCUGCAUUUGGCAUUUAAUAAGAUUAAAAAGAUUACUCAAGAUAUGUUUACAAAACUUCCAAAGUCAAUAAAUUUCUUGCAUUUAGAUUUUAAUAAAAUCGAGUCUAUGGAGCCUGGAAGCUUUAUUGAAGUUCCUAAAUUUUCGUUGUCUUUGGAUGGAAACAAAAUAUCAAAUAUCUUGCCAGGUACUUUCAAUUUGCCGAAUUUGCAGGAUCUUUAUCUGAGGAAUAAUUCGUUGGCAAUUCUUAAAUCAGAAUCUUAUGAGGGUCUUCCAAGAUUAAAGCGUCUCUGGCUCUCGAAUAACAAAAUUAAUAAUAUCGAGAAGGGUGCUGCUCGUAGUUUGUCAUUCCUUACAAUUUUAGAUAUUUCAAAAAAUCCUGUUAAACGUUUGGAAAACGGUGCUUUGUUCGGUUUGCCAAAAUCAAGGGCUAGUUUCAUCUACAUUGCGGAUAAUUCCAUUGACUUGAUUCAAGGUGGUGUAUUUGAUGAUUAUAAUGGUUAAAAGAAUGUUUAUGAUUGGAAUACUGAAUGGCAAGAAAAGUUUGAAUGUGAUAUGCAUAAAUCAAAAGUUUGCUCGUGCAUUAAAAAAACAGAUGGAUAACAAAA